AGUUUUUAGAAAAUAGGAACAGUAUUAUUAAAUAUUUCACUCCAAUAAUAAUAAUAUUGUUAAUUAUUUAUAUUAAUAUUAAAUAUUAAUUAAGAAUUAAUUUAUGUCAGUGAGCUGUAUGAAAAUAAUUAAUUACAUAGCUUAUGAAAUGUUUUGAAUUUAAUUUACAAAAAAUUAUUAGAUAAACUGAGCGAACAUGUCUGCUAAUUAUUACUUUGUUAUUGUCGGUACUGCAGACAACCCAUUAUUUGAAAUAGAAUUUAGCGGUUCUAAUAAAGAAUCUAAGAAAGAAGAUCACGCGCAUUUAAAUCAAUUUAUAGCUCAUGCAGCAUUGGAUCUUGUUGAUGAACAUAAAUGGAAAACAACAAAUAUGCAUUUAAAAGUUAUUGAUAAAUUUAAUCAAUGGUUUGUCAGUGCAUUUGUCACUGCAACUCAAAUUAAAUUUCUUAUGGUACAUGACACUAAAAAUGAAGAUGGUAUAAAAAAUUUUUUUAAUGAGAUGUAUGAAAUUUAUAUCAAGUAUUCAAUGAAUCCAUUUUAUAGAAUAAAUACUCCAAUAAAUUCUGUUGGUUUUGAAAAGAAAGCGCAACUUUAUGGACGAAAAUAUCUUUCAUCAUAAUUUAUUAAUAUAAAAUCUAUUUAUUAAUUAAUUGAUUAAUAAACAAUAAAAAUUUAUGUUACAAUAUCUUACUAAAAAUAAUUUAUAAAGUAGUUACAAUGUUUUUAAUUUAAAGUAUCGAUUAAUAAAAAUUUAUUUAUAAAUUAAGACAACUAAAAUAUUUUACAAAUAUAUUUAAUUUU